CACGGAAGUCGUCUCCAUAAAGCAACUACAUCCAGUGGCCGCUGAUGAUUGGUCUGCUCUGUCCAGGUCCACGGUCCCAGCCACAGGCAGGUGGUGGCGUAAUUAAACUUUAGCGUCAAAGAAAGUAACGCUAAACGCACAAAUAGCCGUAACCACAAUUCCCAACGGGUUCAGGGGGCGUUUCCGUUGAUUUGUAGUCUCUAACGGAGACCAACUCGCUUGUGGACAUCGUGCAGGUGAUGAUGGCAAGUGGCAGGACACACAGCAAGUGAGCUGUGUUUCCGGUUGCACUCAUCCCUCCAGCGAGACCGAACAAGCCAUGCCGGUCCUGGCUAUGGCAGAGCCGGUGCUGGACCACCAGAAACGCUUUCAGGCUGCCGUGGAUGUGAUCCAUAACCUCCCCAAAAAUGGUUCGUACCAGCCGUCCUAUGACGUCAUGCUGCGUUUCUACAGUCUGUACAAGCAGGCGGUGUGUGGACCCUGUACGGUGUCUCGACCUGGCUUCUGGGACCCAGUGGGCCGCUACAAAUGGGAUGCCUGGAGACGCCUGGGAGAGAUGAGCAGAGAGAGAGCCAUGGCAGCAUACGUGGACGAGAUGAAGAAUGUAGCACAGGAGGUCAUCGACAGCAUACCCAUGACUGAGAAGACGGCCUCGCUCUUCCACCACUUCGAGCCUCUCUACCUGGUGAUUGACGACAUGCCGCGGCCUCCGGAGUCCCUGCUCACACUCAGAGAAGGUCUGAAAGGCAGUGAGCAUGCUGACAGGCCGACAGAGAUCAAGGAUGAAGAGCCUGGUGGCCCUGAGGAAGAUUCUUCUCUUCCAGACGGGUCCGACCCAGAUCCCGGGUUUAGCCUGUCUGAGGUCAUCGACCUCACUGGCAACACCAUCUCCAAUGACUCUGGUGUGUGUGAGGGUUUGGUGUUGACCAGCGACUCUGAGAGCGAGAUCUUCUGUGACUCGGUGGAUACGGUGGAGCAACUGGACGACAUCACGGUUCCAGUUCCAGUCAAGACCAAUGGUUUUCACAACGGCCAUGAGUCGCUGGAGUCCUCUCCUGUCCGCAGCCUUCAGCUGGAGGGGGGUCUGGAAGCCCGACAGGUCGGGGCCGGGCAAGGUGGAGAGGGGGCCGAGGAUGGGAAGGGUCCGGGUCCCAACAGGAGGAGUCGGGCCUCCGGCCGGGAAGGUUCCUCCCACAACUGGAGAGAGCGCGGCGUUCCUCAGGGCGGUCCUCGUUGGGGGCCCCCGGGCGGGGGGGAGGGGGCCGGCCGAGGCGGAGGCGACGGAUCGGAGGGGGGGGCUGACAGGCUGCAGGACGCCCAGCUCCAGCAGCAGAUCAUGCUGGCCCUGCGGAGGCUCCGGGACGACAUGAGGAGUGUGAUGGAGCGGCUGGAGGUGGUGGAGAGGCUCGCUGCCACACACGCCCAGAGUUCAGAGUGGAGACCGUGUCUACAGUGUUCCGCCUCAAAAGAGCAGGAGGAGAAGUGGUGGCUGUUUGACGUGUCGGGUCAGACCGUCGUCCUCUUCCUGGUCUGGCCGUUUGUUGCCCAGGGUCUGGUCUACCUGCUGAGGAGAGCGCAGAGGAAAGGUCGCAUAUCUUCAUGAAGUAAGAUGCUGACGACAUCAACCACUCGCCUACAGUAAUCCAUCGGCGCAAGAAGUUUAAAUUGUACAGCAGAAGAGAUUGAAUCAGAUAUGAAUGCAUCAUUCUGUGCACUGAAAAGGAGGAAGAGGCGUUUGCUGACUUGCGGUCUGCUCGGAGAGCGACGUAUCUGGUUGAAUUGUACACCUCAGAAUCCAGAAAUCCUCUCUUACUCACUACAGCACAUCAUCUAUAUUUAAAUUAUUCCAGUGUAAUAAGCUGGCAUGUGUUCAGCAGUAGGAAGCCUAUAAUGAACGUGAUAUUGUCUCUAUUGAUCUGAUCAUGAGCCCGGGAUGCUGAUUAAGCCUGAAUAAAGACUUGGAUUUUAUUAAUAUAUUACUCCGUUUAAUGAAACAUGUUGUACAUUUGACAUAUUCUGUGUACUUUGGGGUUUUGCUACCAUAACAUCAAUGUAUUUUGUAAUAUUCAUAAUAUUAUCAAAAUUGCACAAUGCAGCCCAAGUAUCAGCUUUCAGAUGGAAGAAGUCGAUGUACAGGUGUCUUGCUUAUAAAUCAUGUAGUUGUAAUAAUGUCAACGUUAGUAAUGUCACCGUCUCUCUGGUAUGGGAAGGGACCACUAUCACUAUCGCUACACUUGUUAUUCAGUUCUAAUCUUUCAGAUCAGAUUCUUGACCAGUGUCUCUUACAAUGAAAGUCUUACUUGUACAUUGCUUAAUACUUCUGAACAGUCCCACCUGUCUAAUUAUGUUGCUCAAAUGUCAAUGUUAAUCCGCUGGAGUCGUCUCUUGUGACUCCAGGUGUAAUCACAUGAUAAAAUACACUGCAAUGACAAGUUUGAUUUAGACUGUCACCAAAUGAUGGAAGAGCUGUAUCAAAACUGCCCUGCAAUGUAACAGUCACGUAUAAUGAAGGCAUGAGCUCAAAUUAAAAAUCUAUAUUGAAUAGAAA